CGCCAUAGUGAGAUAGGUCGUAUAGGCUAGUGUUUCUAACCGCUAGCGAUAUACCUUAGUAUAUAAUUACAUUCAAUACAUAACAAGUGAAAGACGGCGUUUCGUAUCUCGACCCUCCCACAAACAUUCAAUUCAUUGCUGUGUCAAACGCCGCACACGACCCACGGUACUGAUAGAACUGCACAAUGGUCCUAAAACUGUACUACUUGGAAGAUGGGCCGCCAUCCCUCUCAUGCAGGCAAACCCUGGAGGCGUUGGAGGUACCCUUCGAGAUUGUCAACGUUAGCUUUUACCAUGGAGAGCACAUGACUGAGGAAUUUGGAAAGAAAAACCCACAAAAGGAGUUGCCGGUGCUGGAAGACGAUGGGUUCUUCUUGAGCGAGAGUGUCGCCAUGAUGCAGUACAUUUGCGACAAAUUCAAACCGAACAGCCCGUUGUACCCGACCGACCCUAAAGCAAGGGCCAUAAUCAACCAUCGGCUGAUGUUCACCAUGACCACAUACUACGCUGAGCUCUUAAGUUUUUUUAUUAUGCCAGUCUAUUUCAAAUAUGAGCACACUCCAGAGGGCCUGAAGCGUGUAUACCGUGCCCUAGGUUUGUUCGAGACGUACCUGGAACGUGAGAACACCAGCUACGCUGCUGCCAAUCACCUUACCAUCGCCGACUUCCCCCUCAUCAACGCCACUAUGGCUAUGGAAGUCACUAAUUUCGACUUUUCUAAAUAUAAAAGGGUUACAAAAUGGUACAAUGAUUUCAAGAAAAAUCAGCCCAAACUAUGGAGUAUCACCGCCGAGGGCAUGCGAUUGAUGAGGAAAUGUGUAGAAAACCCACCAGAUUUGUCACACUUGAACCACCCCAUACAUCCAGCGAGAAAAUCUGAAUAGAAAGUCUGAAAAGGAAUUAUUUUUAACUAUUUUCUCAAAUACUUUUGUGAUUUUCGAAGAGAGGGCGCUGAUUUCAAUUUCUAUGUUGGAAGAAUGAAGUACAAUAAACAACAAACGUUGCAAAGAUUGUUGUCUUAACCAUGUGUAUUUUUUUCUUAUGUAGACAUCUAUCUACUUAAUAUAUUUUGUAAGCUAUAAUUUUA